AUGACUUCAAAAUCAUCUCCUGCAUUAGCACGGUUAUCUUUGACUAGUCAGCAUUUAUCAAGUAAAAGACUAUCAUCAACAAGAAGUACCAUGUCAUCACAUUUAUUACCAAAUUUUGAUUAUAUAACCCAAGGUACAAAAUAUACUACAAGUUAUGAAAAUUACUUAUCAAAUUCAGGGUCAAUUGUUUCAUAUUUUCAUGAUGUUCCAUUAGAUUUAGAUGUAGAUAAACAUGAAGCUACGUUUAUAUGUGAAAUACCAAGAUGGACAAAUGGGAAAUUUGAAAUUAAUACCGAAUUAGAAGGAAAUCCAAUAACUCAAGAUGUCAAAGAUGAUCAAGUUAGGUUUGUUCGUAAUUUAUUUCCUUAUCAUGGUUAUAUUCAUAAUUAUGGAUGUUUUCCACAAACUUGGGAAGAUCCAACUGUUAAACAUUUAGAAUGGUAUGGUGAUAAUGAUCCAUUAGAUGUAUGUGAGGUAGGAGAUACAGUUUUAAAGAUUGGUGAGAUUAAAAGAGUUAAAAUUUUAGGUAGUUUAGCAAUGAUUGAUGAUGGUGAAAUGGAUUGGAAAGUUAUAGUAGUUGAUAUUAAUGAUCCACUUGCCAAAGAAGUUGAUGAUAUUCAUCAUUUAGUCACCAAACGUCCUGGAUUAUUAGAGACUACAAGACAAUGGUUUAGAGAUUAUAAAUUACCUGAUGGGAAUCCACAAACUGAAUUUGCAUAUAAUGGAAGAUAUAGAAAUGCGACAGAAACAAUUGAAGUUAUAAAAGAAUGCAAUAAAAGUUGGAAAGAUUUAAUAAUGGGUAAAAAAACUGGUGAUGACUUACCAAAUAUAAAAAAUACAGCAAUAAGGGAAUCACCAGGGUAUGUUGAAAGAUUUGAUAUCAAAAGAAAGAAAUAUACAAAUAGAGAAGCUCCAAUCCCGGAAGAAAUUGAUAAAAGUUUCUUCAUAUCAAAGGACUAA